GUACCAUCGAAGGCACCUAUGAGGAGAAAGGGACGAGGACGGGGUCGCUUCUUCCCCUUCUCCUUGCAGAUACCAUUGAAGGCACCCGGGAGGAGAAGGCGAAAGGGCCGGGAUCGCCUCCUCCCCUUCUCCUCACGGGUGCCAUCGAAGGCACCUGUACCAUCGAAGGCACCUGUACCAUCGAAGGCACCUGUGAGGAGAAAGGGGCAAGGACGGGGUCGCCUCUUCCCCUUCUCCUCGCAGAUACCAUCGAAGGCACCUGUGAGGAGAAGGGGACGAGGCCGGAGUCGCCUCUUCCCCUUCCCUUCUCCUCGCGGGUGCCAUCGAAGGCACCUAUGAGCAGAAGGCGAAAGGGCCAGGGUCACCUCCUCUCCUUCCCUUCUCCUCGUGGGCACCCGCGAGGAGAAGGUGAAAGGGCUGGGGUUAGGGUUAGGCCAUUGAAGGCACCUGUGAGGAGAAGGAGAAGGGGACGAGGACGGGGUCGCCUCCUCCCCUUCUGUUCUCCCCGCGGGUGCCAUCGAAGGCACCCGGGAGGAGAAGGUGAAAGGGCCAGGAUCGCCUUCUCCCCUUCCCUUCUCCUCACGGGUGCCAUAGAAGGCACCUCUGAGGAGAAGGGGACGAGGACAGGGUCGCUUCUUCCCCUUCUCCUUGCAGAUACCAUCGAAGGCACCUGGGAGGAGAAGGCGAAAGGGCCAGGAUCGCCUCUUCCCCCUUCCCUUCUUCUCACGGGUGCCAUCGAAGGCACCUGUGAGGAGAAGGGGACGAGGACAGGGUCGACUCCUCCCCUUCCCUUCUCCUCGCAGAUACCAUCAAAGGCACCUGUGAGGAGAAGGGGACGAGGCCAGGGUCGCCUGUUCCCUUCCCUUCUCCUCACGGGUGCCAUUGAAGGCACCUAUGAGGAGAAGGCGAAAGGGCCGGGAUCGCCUCCUCCCCUUCCCUUCUCCUCAUGGGUGCCAUCGAAGGCACCGGGGAGGAGAAGGCAAAAGGACCAGGGUUGCCCCCUUCCCUUCUCCUCGUGGGUGCCAUCGAAGGCACCGGGGAGGAGAAGGCAAAAGGACCAGGGUUGCCCCCUUCCCUUCUCCUUGUGGGUGCCAUCGAAGGCACCGGGGAGGAGAAGGGGACGAGGACAGGACUGCAAGCCCCAGCACCUUUGCAGCCAGAAGUCCCGCCCCUUCUUCCCCAGCGGCCUCCCUGAUUGGUUGGGAGGCUGGGAAGGGGCAGGACAUCCGGCCGCAAAGCCCAUUGGGCCUUGUAGGCAGUUGAAAGUCCCGCCCCUUUCUCGCCUCCCAACCAAUGAGGGAGGUCGUGGGCGGGACUUUCACCGGAAUGGGGGUCGUGGCCCAAGAAAGGUUGGGAACCGCUGUUCUAGAUAUUCUUUCAAGAUACCGCAUUCCUCAAAUGUUUGCAUAGGUCUGUUUCCCAGUAAUUGUGUUAAUUUGUAGAUUGUAAGCCUGAGGGCAGGGAACCGUCCAAUUAAAAAGAUGGUAUGUAGAGCGCUGUGUUAAUUUACAGCGCUUUAUAAAUAAAGGUUAAUAAUAAAUAAUGUGACUCUAUAUAGACUUUCUAAAACGUUCAAAGGAAAUAAGGGAGUUUGCUGGAAAUGCAAACCGGAAACUGGCUCUUAUCUAGAGAUUUAGUGGAAAUGUGAAAAGGGGAAAAUAAAUGAAAGAUGGUAUGGAAACCAGGUUAUAUCUCUUGAAUAUAUUAUGAGAUAAUGAGAAUCUGGAAAGCAAGGAAGGAAAAUUAAUAUCCCUGGCCAUAAUUGCCGCUAGACAACUUUACGCAAAUACUGGGAAGUGGAGGCAAUCCCAAAAGUGGAGGAAUGAAUGGAGUUGAAGUUGUAUGAUCUUUAGGGAAAGGACAAGUUGUCAUCAUUAACGGAAAAUAAAUCUUUAAUGGAUUUAUUCCAUUUAAGAAUGGAAAUGCUGGACUCUCUUUGCGCAAACUGAAGGUAAAGAGAAUAGAUCUAUAGCAACUGUGGACUAAACAACCGU